AUGAACGACUCCCUCGCCAAACGGACGACGGCGUCGUCACGCAGCUUCGACCCGGAGCUGUUGACGCUGCUGCUGGUGGCGGUGUCUCCAGCAGUGCCGAAACCGUCAUGGCUCGUGUGGUUCGUCACCAACUGGCUUGUCACCGACCCCGAGCUCUACGAGCGGUAUAACCUAGCCAAACGGAGCUACCAAACUAACCAAACGCGGUACAUCUAUAUCUGUGGCGGUCGCUGGCGACUGGCGAAACAGAAACCGAUAAACGUGGCGUGUGGCGUCCUUAUCGUCGCCCCGGGAGUGCUAUUCUUUAUAUUUGAGGCGCUGUGGAUGUGGCACCAUAUUAAUGCAGCGAUACCAUUCAUAUUCGCUUAUCUCUGGUUGGCUACGUUGCUGUUUUUCCUUCGGCUGUCGAUGCUGGACCCCGGAGCGUUCCCCAAAAAUAUCCACUUACCACAAACACCCUAUGAAAAGAAAAUCACGAUCCCUGACGAGUACGAGAACAUCAUCAAGCUACCGUGGAUCGAUCGUACUAAGGGAGUCACGGUGAAGUACUGUCCUACGUGUAAAAUAUGGCGUCCUCCCAGAGUGAGCCAUUGCGCUCUGUGUGACAUUUGUGUGAUAAACCACGACCACCACUGUGUGUUUUUGAACAAUUGUGUUGGUAAACGUAAUUACCGCUACUUCUUGUGGUUUCUAUUGCUGGCAGUAGUCACUACCUUGUUUAUGGCCAUCAUGCUGUUUGUCCAUAUUUUCUGGUACCUAAUAUCAGAUAAUGAUACCCACACCAUAAAAUCGUUUGGUGGGAGUCUUUCAAAGUAUCCGGUAUCGUUUUUACUUGUGAUUUAUGGCAUUUUGGCGCUGGGGUACCCUCUUUUACUCCUUGUGUUCCACCUAUUUCUCACGGCGCAAAACCUCACCACACGAGAAUACCUAAAUUACGUCAGAGGAGACCAUGAUCCAGAUUUCAUCAACGUGUACAACACCAAAAACGUGCUUAGUAACUGGUACGACCACUGGAUCCGCAGUCCUCGUGGCGUGAGCGUGUUGAGCUCGACCCAUUUAAUUAACCAUACCCUUCUUGAAGAGAAUAUCGGGAUAUUCUCUGAUCCAUCCACCUGA